UAGAGAGUGGCCCCUGGGUGGGGCCAUGGAGAAGCAGGAGAGGUCGGGAGCUGCUGGCGGCCCUCGGAGGGAUUUCCCUAGAGGGACAAUGAGGUCCUGUGAGGACCAGCCCCGGAGCAUCUUGAAACAGAACUGCAGCUUCUUGCAGGAGAAACCCCUCAGUGCAGAGAAGAAAAAGUCUCAGCACUGGGAUGAGAUGAAUAUCCUGGCCACUCACCAUCCUGCUGAUAAGGACUAUGGUUUUAUGAAGGUGGACGAACCCAGCACUCCCUACCACAGACCACAGGACAGUGAUGAGGACCUGUCUGUGGGGUCCUCCCUCAAGGUGACCCCUGAAAUGCUGGCAGAGAGGUUUGCAACAAUGGACAAUUUCGUCCCCAAGGUCCUCCAGAACAGUGAUAACAAAAGCUCAAGAGCUGCAGACAGCUUUUCCAAGACAUACUCCAGUGAUUUUUACAAGAACCGCAAGAAACACUACAAUGAAGGAAAAUUCCUCAGGGCUCAGAAAAAUAUGCCCUCGUAUAAUGACAAGGACAGUUCCUGGGACAGUGCCAGCAUCAGCAGUGGUGGUCAAGGUGUAAUAAGGGACCAGGUGCCCAGAUCUGCGGAGAGAGGCUGGCCAGGAGCACUGGCUGGAGCUAUCAAAGAUGAGACUGCUCAGGGAACUGUGAGUGACAUCGUAGAAGCCAAAGAUUCCACUACCUGCAGAAACCAGUUCUACCCUGGAAAAGCCCCCAUCCUGUUGGAGAAGGAGAUUGAUCAGCAACGCAAGGAAUAUUACAACAAAGGAAUAUACCUGAGGUCUUGCUCCCGCCCAGAACUUGAAGAAGACGCAGAUGAGCAGCAGAACAAUGCUACCAUGUCCUCCAGUGACAGUGAAUCUCAGGUGGUAUCCAGCUGGUAUCAGUGGCUGGAAGGCAAGGAGCUGAGCCGCCAAAACUCAGAGAACUCAGAGAGGGAACAUGGGAACAUCCAGAACCCACCAAGCUGGAACAGGCGCAGAUGUGAGCCUGGGCAGAGAUGAAAUUCGAAGCUCCAGUGGACUCAGGAAGAGGAAACCAGACAAAGGAAAACAUAACCAGCUGGGGGUGGGGUAAAGGCAACUUUCCCCUGCCCUUAAAACCCUAGGGGUGGACAAUAAAGAUAAGAAGAGCAGGAAUCUGGUUGCUGCGUAUUGGU